AUGGCUUAUGAUCAAGAUAAUACUAAAGCAUGUUUAAAAUGUGGAUCUAAAUGUCCUGGUUUCAUGAAACAUUCAUGGAGAAUGUUAUGUACACAAUGUCAUUGUGCAUAUUAUGAACAUGAUAUUGAUGAUUUUACUAACCAAUCAAUAUUAGAUCAAUUAGAUUUAAAUCAAUCAUCAUUCUAUGAUAAAUAUAUGGAUGCACAAAAUUUGGCUAAACAAUUUGGAUUACAUUGGUUACCUAUUGGUGUUAAACCAGUUGAAGUGAACUCAUUUUUGAAUAGUCUACCAAAGGAUGAAUUACCUCAUGGUGAAGUUGUUGAUCAUAUUAGACGUCAACGUCUUAGAAAACAAAUACCAUUACAAGAUCGUAAACCAGCUCUAGCAAUUGAAGAAUUAUGGCAUCAUUCAAACGAUUCAAAUCCUAACUUAGAAAAUGAAUUAAUUGAAGCGAACCGUUUUAAAAAUUUUCGUAAUUUUCAUGAUUUUGGUAUUGGAUUCGUAGAACAUAUGAAUGACAAAGAUGGACAGCCAUGUACAAAUUGUUCGAAUAUAAUCCAUUUUGAUGAUUUCUGUAUACGAAUUAAACCAGAACAUUCUUUAAUAGAAGAAAUGUCUAACAUACCCUCGAAUCAUACACCAGCUUGGCAUUUGAAUUGUUUUCGAUGUACAAUAUGUCAUGAAUAUUUAGUUGAUUAUAUAUAUGCUUGGUUAAAUAACCAACCUUAUUGUUUACGACAUUAUGCUCAAUCAGUACGUCCACGUUGUGUGACAUGUGAUCAUCUUAUUUUCUCAGAAGAAUAUACUAGAGCUAUGGAUCAAGAACAUCAUUCUGGUCAUUUUGCUUGUCAUAGUUGUGAUGCAUCAUUAACAGGACAACGUUAUAUAUUACGUGAUGAUGAACCACAUUGUUUAGCUUGUUAUGAAGCUAAAUUUGCUAAUACAUGUGAACAAUGUAAAGAAAAAAUUGGUUGUGAUUCAAAGGAUCUUUCAUUUAAAGAAAGACAUUGGCAUGAGAAAUGUUUCAAAUGUUCUGCUUGUACUACUUCAUUAGCUGAUCGACCAUUUGCUACAAAAGAAGAACAAUUAUAUUGUUCUGAUUGUUAUGAUGAACGUUUUGCUGCACGAUGUGAUGGUUGUCAAGGUGUAUUCAAAGCUGGAAUGCGUAAAUAUGAAUAUCGUGGACAACAAUGGCAUGAAGAAUGCUUUUUAUGCGUUGAAUGUAAACAACCAAUUGGUGCGAAAAGUUUUAUUCCACGAGAAAAUCAAGUUGUAUGUGUACCAUGUUAUGAAGCGAAAUAUGCUCAACGUUGUACUAAAUGUUCAGAAGUUAUACGUCGUGGUGGAGUUACAUAUAAAGGGAAUCCAUGGCAUAAAGAAUGUUUCACUUGUACUAGUUGUUCUAAACAAUUAGCAGGAUUAAAAUUCACUUCUAAAGAUGAACAACCAUAUUGUGCUGAUUGUUAUGGGGAAUUAUUUGCUAAAAAAUGUACAAAAUGUACCAAACCAAUUACUGGAUUUGGUGGUUGUAAAUUUAUUUCAUUUGAAGAUCGUCAUUGGCAUUCAGAAUGUUUUCUAUGUGGAAAAUGUAAUUGUAAUUUAGUCGGUAGAGGUUUUCUUACCAGUGAUGAUAUGAUUAUGUGUUCUGAAUGUGGUCGUUAA